CCCGCGACAGCGACGACCUCUGCGACAUUCUCUAACAACUCCGCCCGCCAUGGACCGCCUCGAAUCACUGUCGAACACUUUGUCAAACAUAACGCUCUAUGACAUCAAAAGUGUGUACAACCAGGCGAAGAACGUCGUGUUCAAUGUGAGCGAGAUGGAGGCAAAGGUUCGCGAGGCGACAAACGACGAGCCGUGGGGAGCGAGCUCGACGCUUAUGCAGGAAAUCGCGCAAGGGACGUUCAACUUCCAGCACUUUAAUGAAAUCAUGCCCGCCAUCUAUGCCCGUUUCAUGGAGAAGGAGGCACGGCAGUGGCGACAGAUCUACAAGGCUCUUCAACUGCUCGAAUACCUCGUGAAAAAUGGGAGCGAGCGUGUCGUGGAUGAUGCGCGAUCGCACAUUGCCACCAUCAAGAUGCUCCGCAACUUCUACUACAUUGACGAUAAAGGCAAAGAUCAGGGUCUCAAUGUCCGAAACAGGUCUCGGGAGCUGGUGGAGUUGUUGAGCGACGUGGACAAGAUACGUACGGAACGACGGAAGGCCAAGACGAACAAGCACAAGUAUAUCGGCACCGGUAAUGACCCAAUGAGCUUACCGCCGAGCGGCGGUAGGUACGGGGGAUUUGGGAAUGACAGCUUUGGUUACAGUGGAGGCUAUGGCGGGGGCAGUAGCAGCAGUGGCGGGGACUACGGUAGCUAUUCUGGCUCAAGCUUCAGAGACGACACCGGACGAAGAGGGUACCAGGAGUACGAUGCUGGCGAUGACGAGACGCUACCGAAGCGGUCCAACUCCGUGAGAUCGGUGACUUCUCCUUCUCUUCGUCGCUCGUCGGCAGCAUCUGCGACCCCACCGGCUACAUCAAAGCCUCCGGAACCAGCCCAGGAGGUGGACCUGCUCGGCAUGGAUGAUGACGCAUUUGGGAGCACUGCCACGAGCACCAGUUCAGCCACUAACAAGGCCCUGCCCGAGCUGUCGUCCAACACGAUAACAGAGGGUGAUGAUGAAUUUGACGACUUCCAGACUGCCCCGACUGCUGCUUCUGCGGGCCCGGCCGUCCAACCUACGGUGCCUCGCUCGUCGAUAAGCCUGCAGCAGUCAGAAAAGACUACAUCGCCACCGCUGUUCCAGCAGCCCGCGCAGACAAUGUCACCGCCAUUGUUCCAGCAGUUGCAGCGCGCGCCUCUGCAGUCCUUGACACCUCCACUGCAGCGCAUGAGCCCUACGAUGCCGCCGAUGAACCGUGCGAAUGGCAGUUUCACAGCGAUGACGCCGACCCGGUCGUCAUUCAUGACACCUACGACUGCCAAAACCGUAGCUACGCCCGUCCGCUCUGCAACAUCUCCCUUUUCAGGUGCUGCGUCCAAACCCGCUCCGAGCGCGAAUUUUGAGGACUUGUGGUCGAUGUCGCUGGGAUCUUCUGGAAGCACGUCUGCUGCGAAGACGCCCACUGCGUCUUCGGGCGCGUCGAAGUCGAUGAAGGAUCUGGAGAAGGAGAAGGUGCAGGCGGGGAUCUGGGGAUCUGGACAGAGCACGCCGCCAAUGGGUGCUGGCUUUGGCUCGUUCGGCAAUAACUCGAGCACGCCGUCGACUACCAAUGCCGCGCCUGCUUCAUCCUCUUCCUCACCUCUGGACGAUCUGCUGUUCUGAUAUAUGACUGCUAGUGCAUUGAACGGCGUGUUGAUUCGUUGAUUGGUCGGAUUGAAAAUGGCACUGUGUUGAAGUCGUCCGAGACGAUUCUUAUGAUAUACCUCCAUACGAUGUAGAUGAACACUUCUAUUCAUGCCCUGUCACCUGUAGGUGCUCGUGCUGAUUGAGCAAGACGGUUGAUUGUCAAUCGUUCCAGGACCUGUCUGGAUCAAAGUGGUCUAGUACAGGUGGGGAAUCGAUGUCCUGAUGC